GAGGCCCCGCGCGCAUCAGGGCGGGGCGACUUCCCGGCUCCCGCCUGCGCCUGCCGCACGCACGCGCACUGCGCCGACCAUGAGGGUCGCGGCUCUGAUCAGUGGUGGGAAGGACAGCUGUUACAAUAUGAUGCAGUGCAUUGCUGCUGGGCAUCAGAUCGUUGCUUUAGCAAAUCUAAGACCAGCUGAAAACCAAGUGGAGUCAGAUGAACUGGAUAGCUACAUGUAUCAGACAGUGGGCCAUCACGCCAUUGAUUUGUAUGCAGAAGCAAUGGCUCUUCCCCUGUAUCGCCGCACCAUAAGAGGAAAGAGCGUGGAUACAGGACAAGUGUAUACCAGAUGUGAAGGUGAUGAGGUUGAAGAUCUCUAUGAGCUUUUGAAACUUGUUAAGGAAAAAGAAGAAGUAGAGGGAAUAUCAGUAGGAGCUAUACUCUCUGACUACCAGCGUGUUCGAGUAGAAAAUGUGUGUAAAAGGCUUAAUCUCCAGCCUUUAGCUUACCUUUGGCAGAGAAACCAGGAAGAUUUGCUCCGAGAGAUGAUAUCAUCUAACAUUCAAGCAAUCAUCAUCAAAGUAGCAGCUCUGGGUUUAGAUCCAGAUAAGCAUCUUGGAAAAACCCUGGAUCAAAUGGAGCCUUAUCUCUUAGAGCUUUAUAAGAAGUACGGAGUCCAUGUUUGUGGAGAAGGUGGAGAGUAUGAAACAUUCACUUUGGAUUGCCCUCUAUUUAAGAAGAAAAUAAUUGUGGAUUCAUCAGAAGUAGUCAUACAUUCAGCUGAUGCAUUCGCACCUGUGGCUUACCUACGCUUUUUAGAAUUGCAUUUGGAGGACAAGGUGUCCCCAGUACCUGACAACUGCAGAACAUCUAAUUAUAUACAUAAAUCUUGAAAAGUAUUGUUGAACUUUGUUUACUAAGCUAUUUCUAUAUUUUAAAAAUUACGUAACAGUUCUCAAUUAUCAUGUUCCACUUUUUCUCAUUACUUUUUCAUUCUUAUAAAUAUGUAUCUUUAUCAGAAGAGCCAUUGAUUAAUUGGUUAAUGCAUCCUAUCCAUGAUCUCUGUGAUCUGUUCCUUUUUUUCCCCUUUUACUUCAUCUACAGUACUUAUUUCUGUAAUAUUUCUUUGCUUUCAUCACACCAGUUUAUUUUUCUCUUUUCUGCUGCUCUCAUCUCAGCCAAUAAUAUGUUGCAGAGGCAUUUGAAAAUGAGGAUGAAAAGAAAUCACUAUAUUUAGCCAAUCAGGUUUAUUCUACUGUGUCACCAUUUUUAUUUUGAAUAUAUUCAUUGUUUCAACAUCGUUGGACAGUCAGGAAAAAUACCAUUAACUCUUACUGGUUAUUUUAUAACUGACUGAAAAUGCAACUUUUCAGUAUUACCUAUGCUGACUUUAGACUAAUUUUUCAGUUCACAGAAACACUCAGCAGAAGAUACAGAGAGUUCCUACACAUGCACAAUUCCCCCCCUCCCCGCCCCCACCGCCACUAUCAACAUCCCAUACCACAACAGAAUAUUUGUUACAGUUAAUGAAUUUUUACUGACAUGCCAUUAUCACCCAAAGUCCGUAGUUAUGUGACAAUUUACUCUUGGUGGUGUACAUGCUGUGGGUUUGGACAAACAUAUAAUGACUUGUAUCCACCAUUUGAGUAUCAUACAGAAUAGCUUCACUGCUCUAAAAACCCUCCAUCCUCUUCCUACUCAUCCUUCCUUUUUCUCUUAACCUCUGGCAAUCUCUCAUGUUUUGCCUUUUCCAGAAUGUCAUGAAGUGGGACUUAUUCAGUAUGUUGCCUUUUCGGGUUGCCUUCUUUAAGUUACUAAUAUACAUUUAGGUUCUUUCAUAUCUUUUCAUGGUUUGAUAGCAUAUUUCUUUUUUUUUUCAAAUUAAGACUUUAUUUUUUUAGUUUUAGGUUCACAGAAAAAUUGGAGGGUGGGUACAGAAAUUUGCCAAAUACUCCUCGCCCCCACACAUGUGUGGUGUCCCUCAUUAUCAAUAUGCCUUGCCAAAGGGGAACAUUUGUUACAAUUGUAAUUACCUACAUUGCAGAUCAUAAUCACCCAGAGUUCAUAGUUUAUAUUACCGUUCACUCUUGGUUUUGUACAUUCUAUGCAUGACAUGUAUCCAUCAUUAUGGUAUCAUGCAAAAUAUUUUCACUACCCCCAUAUUUUCCAUGCUCCACCUUUCCAUGUUUAUUACUCCAUCCAGCCCCUGAAAAUCACUGAUCUUUUUAUUAUCUCCAUGUUUUUUCCUUUUCCAGAAGGUUAUAUAGUUAGAAUAAUUCAGUAUGUUGUCAUUUUUAAAUUGGCUUCUUUCACUUAGUAAUAUCCAUUUAACAUUCCUGCAUGCCUUUACACGCAUUUUUAAGUGCUUAAUAAUAUUCCAUUAUCUGAAUAUAACAUUAUUUAUCCAUUCACAUACUAAAGGAAAUCUUGGUUGCAUCUAAAUUUUAGCAAUUGUGAAUAAAGCUUCUGUAAUACAUCCAUGUGCACGUUUUUGUGUGGCGUUUUCAGCUCUUUUGGAUAAAUUCCAAAGAGUAUGAUUGCUGGAUUAUAUGAUAAGAGUACGUUUAAGUUUACAAGAAACCACCAAACUGUCUUCCAAAUGGCUGUGCCAUUUUGCAUUCCCACCAACAGUGAAUGAAGAUUCCUAUUGCUCCA